UGCUUUUUUAUUAUAAUUUUGCUUCAAGAUUGUAGUACUCCACCUACAGUUAUUAAAGCGCCUUUAUUUUAAGUACUUCCCAUGAUGCAAAUGUUGCAGAAUUUCAUUUUCACUUUCGCAUUUCUGGAAAGUGCUCGGUGUUGCUGUACCAAAACAACAGGAACAAGUCUUAUUAAACAGAUCGAGGAUUUUAACUGAAAAUCCUCCAAAGUAGUACUGGACCGCCAUGAUGCGUUUUGUACUCUUUGUGAAUCUUGUGAUCUUGCCCACUCACCUGUGGGCUACAGUCACUCAAGUCAAUGAAGAGCCCACUUCAUUCCCCACAUCAUCCAAUGGAGAACCAUUUCCCUGGAACAAAAUGAGACUACCACACACCGUUUCCCCCCAUCAUUACAAUCUUCUUAUCCACCCCAACCUUACAAGUUUAGACUUUACUGGAUUUGUGCAUAUCCAAAUUAAAGUACAUCAAGACACACAGACCAUCAUACUGCACAGCAAGGAUCUUCAAAUCUUAAAUGCAAGACUCAUAGAUCCAGAAAGGCGUCAGGUACAGCCCCUAAAAGUGCUAGAGUACCCUUCCUACCAGCAGAUUGCUCUUAUAUCUCAUGUUCUGCUGAGGAAAGACUUUGGAUAUGAAAUUCAGCUGAAAUUUGCCGCCAACCUUUCCGAGAGCUUCCAUGGAUUUUACAAAAGCACAUACCGUACCAGCAAAGGAGAAGUGAGGGUGUUGGCUUCCACACAGUUUGAGCCGACAAGUGCCCGAGCAGCAUUUCCCUGUUUUGAUGAACCCGCCUUCAAAGCGAACUUCUCCGUGCAGAUUCGCCGAGAAGCCAAGCACAUUUCUCUCUCAAAUAUGCCUAAGCUGAGAACAUUAGAGCUUCCAGGUGGGCUGUUUGAGGAUCAGUUUGAGGAAAGUGUGAAGAUGAGCACAUACCUGGUGGCCUUCAUUGUCUCUGACUUUCUGUCUAUCAGUAAGACUAGUCUGCAUGGAGUUCAGAUUUCAGUCUAUGCUGUGCCAGAGAAGAUCGAUCAGGCAGAGUUUGCUUUGGAUGCUGCAGUUAGGCUGCUUGACUUCUAUGAAGACUACUUUGAUAUCCAAUACCCUCUGCCCAAACAAGAUCUUGCCGCUAUUCCAGACUUCCAAUCUGGAGCGAUGGAGAAUUGGGGUCUGACCACCUACCGUGAAUCAGCUCUUCUCUUUGACCCAGACAAGUCCUCCGCUUCUGAUAAGCUUGGCAUAACGAUGGUCAUCGCCCAUGAACUGGCCCAUCAGUGGUUUGGUAACCUGGUGACCAUGCAGUGGUGGAAUGAUCUGUGGCUGAAUGAAGGUUUUGCCAAGUUUAUGGAGUUUGUGUCUGUUAACAUCACCAAUCCUGAACUGGAAGUUGAGGAUUAUUUCAUGGCAAAGUGUUUCGAGGCCAUGGAGGUUGAUGCUUUAAGCUCCUCUCAUCCAGUCUCCACGCCGGUUGAGAACCCUGCUCAGAUCCAGGAGAUGUUUGAUGAUGUAUCUUAUGACAAGGGGGCUUGUAUCCUGAACAUGCUAAGAGAGUUUCUGACCCCAGAGGCCUUUAAAGCAGGCAUUGUUAGAUACCUGAAGCGCUACAGUUACAAUAACACGGUCAAUAGUGACCUGUGGGACAGUUUGACUAAUGUUUGUGACUCUGAUGGUCUCGAUGAGACCAGGCUGAAGGGUGACGAGUCCUGCCGGCGCUCUGGCUCACCUUCUGCAGCUUCUAAAUGGCAGUCUGAGGAUGAGCUGAAUGUUAAGGAGAUGAUGGAGACAUGGACUUUGCAGGAGGGGUUUCCAAUCAUUACUGUGGAUGUCAGAGGUCGUGAAGUCAGACUUAGUCAAGAGCGUUACCUCAAGAGCGAUGAUCAUUCUCAAACAUCUGGAUUUAUUUGGCACGUUCCACUGACUUACAUUACCAGUGACUCAACCACAGUGCAUCGCUUUCUGCUUAAGACCAAAACAGAUGUGCUGUAUCUGCCAGAGGAGGUCGACUGGAUCAAGUUUAAUGUGGACAUGAGUGGAUAUUACAUUGUACACUAUGAGGGCUCUGGUUGGGAUGACCUCAUCAGAUUGCUCAUACACGAUCACACAGCACUUUCCAGCAAUGAUCGGGCCAGUCUGAUCAACAGUGCUUUCCAGUUAGUCAGUGUUGGUAAGCUCCCGUUGGAUAAGGCUUUAGAUCUGACCCUGUAUCUAAGCAAGGAAACUGAGAUUAUGCCAGUGACCCAGGGCUUCAGUGAGCUUGUGCCUCUUUACAAGUUGAUGGAGAAACGAGAAAUGGUGGAUCUGGAGAACCAGAUGAAGGGCUACAUACUGCAGUUGUUUAGGGAUCUCAUAGACCAGCAAUCGUGGACCGAUGAUGGCUCUGUGUCUCAGCGGAUGUUACGGAGCUACCUUCUUCUGUUUGCCUGCGUGCGAGGUCACCCACCCUGUGUUAGCACCGCUACCCAACUCUUUAACCAGUGGAGAGAGUCAGAUGGAAAUAUGAGUCUACCAAAUGAUGUAACCAUGGCUGUGUUUUCGGUUGGUGCCCGGACUGAAGAGGGGUGGGAUUUUCUGUUUGAAAAGUACAAGGAGUCUAUGUACAUCUCCAUGAAGAGCAGGAUCAAAAUGGCCCUCACGACCAGCCCUCUUGAUCACAAGUUAAAAUGGAUGAUGGAACAAAGUCUGGUUGGAGAGCUGCUGAAAACUCAAGAUCUGCCGUAUGUUGUGACAUCAGUCAGUAAAAAUCCCAAAGCCUUCAAACACGCAUGGGACUUUGUGCAAGCUAAUUGGGACUCCCUAAUAAAGAAGUUUGAUCUUGGCUCACACUCCAUAGCACACAUUGUAGUAGGUGUGACCAAUCAGUAUUCAACAAGAGAAAUGUUGGCUGAGGUUCGUGGAUUCUUCGGUUCUCUGCGGGCUGAAAUGGGAGCAGAGCUGAGGUGUAUACAGCAGGCCGUGGAGAACAUUGAAGAGAACAUUCGGUGGAUGGACAAGAACCUUCCCCUACUGCAGUCCUGGUUGCACCAACAUUUUUACCAAGACAGAAAUACAGAGCUUUGAAGUUCUUGAAGAAAAAGAAUUGUAUCAAGCUAUAGGUGUAUAGAUUUUUGAUGCAAGAAUGUGAAAUGUAUGAGUUUGAAUUUGUGAAUAUUGGGUAUAUAUUUUGAGUGGAUAUCAAACACAUUAUUAAAAGUAAAAUGAAGGGUUUUCUUAUCUCCCCAACCUUUAGGAUUGAAAUUAAAUGGUUUAAAUUAUGUUUGUCAGAUCUGCUUUUGUAACUUUAUUGUUUUGAUCAAUUCAUUGUGAAGAUUUUUUUUUCUUUACAAUAAAACCUUUAAUUAUAAAA